UGUCACAGUACUCCCCAGCACGGAGAGCGGGACAGUGGAGCUCUGUUUGUUCUCCUGGCACUGGCAGGAAUAUACCAAGGCCCUGUUGUUCUGUCUCUUAUCGACUGGCAAAGGAAUUCUAGCAUUGAGCCAUCAGAGGGGAACCUCUCACCUCUCUCUCUCUCGCUCUCUCUCUCCCUCCCUCCCUCCCUCCCUCGCUCCCUCGCUCUGUACCUCAUGGUGUGUAUGAGGCAGGGUGCAGGUGGUGUCAGUGUUUGUUUGUGCAGUGGGGAGGGUGAGGGACCAGCGGGUCUGUGAGCUGGGCUCUGUUACCUUACGGAGGAGCCAUGCUGAGGUACGGCUCUAGAGGCACGGUCACGGACACCCAGGAUCUGUCCAGCCAGAGAUAUAUCCGCCGUCUAAGACUCACCCUGACUGACACAUCAUCUGGACAGGAUGGGUCCAGGAAGGUCAGUGCAUAUGCAGUGGACAACGUGGUCAAUGGCUCCCAGAGGAGGAAAAAUGGUUAUGUCCUACAGGAGCGGUCUGUUGGCACAGAGCCAUCGGCGCAGCAGAACGCUGCCGUCGUCACCAAUGGGGUGAGGGAGACGCCCACAGAGAACGGGCCCAAGGUGUAUGGUGUGGUGCAGCGGACGGGUGCGGACCGCCAGCAGGAAGUGAUGGCAUACGAGUGGCCCGUCAAUCACCUGAGGGACGAGAUGAGUUACAUCAAAGAGGUGCGAGAAUCACUGGAGAAGGUGCGAGAGAAGAUGAACGGUCAGUUCGGAGGCAUGCAGCAAUCGAUGCAGAGGCUAUCACAAGACAUAAGGGUAGCCUAUGAGCAGCGGCGGCACCUGGAGUCGGAGGUGCGGACGCGGACUGCAGCCAUGGACAGCUUUGACCAGAUGAACAGCUCCCUCAUAUCUUCUCACAUAGAACUGCAGAAAUCCCUGCUGGACAGCUGUUCGAAUCGGGUUCUGACCCAGGAGGAGAUGAGGAGUCUUCGCAGUUCCCGUGAGCAAGCCGAAGCGAAGGUGAAGCAGCUGGAACAUCAGCUGGCCACUGCCCAUGCCGAAAACAGCACCCUCAAACUGCAGGUAGAAUCCACCCUGGAGGCCAGCUCCAAGAAGCUGCAGGAGAUGACUCAGAGACUACAGAGCCAGUAUCAGGAGCAGCUGAAGGAGGAGAAGAGGAGGCACAUGGAAGAGAUCAGGGCUCUGCAGGCCCAGAUCUCAGAAUAUGUGAGACAGCUUGAAGAGGCAGAGCAGAAUGCCAGGAUAGCAGAGGCAAAAAUAGCUGAGCGGGACCAACGGAUCAGUGAAGUGGAGCGUCUCCUGGACUGCAUGGGCAAGGAGAAAGAACAACUGCAGCAGAAGCUGCAGGACUGUGAACUGCGUCUGCGCAGGCUGGACCAGACCGAUCAAAUUGAUGCAGCUACAAUCAAGAGGACAAAGCAGUUGGAAGAUGAGGCUUUGGAUUUGCGGGAGCGAAUCAAACAUCUUAAUGACAUGGUGUUCUCUCAUCAGAAGAAGGUUAAGGGAAUGAUCAAGGAGAUUGAUGCAUUACGGGCAAAACUGGCUCAGAAGGACAUGCAUAUUACAGAUCUGCUGGAUAGAAUUGCCAUUGUUCAGUGUGAGAAUAAUGAACUGGAAGACAAGCUUAAGUACUUUAUGUCUGAGCAAAACAAUGCGGAAGAGUCCACAUCCACCAGAGACAUUGGGGUGGGCUGUGAGCUGCCUCUGAGAACUGAAGUUGGGACAGAGACCGCAGCCCUGUUCUUGUCCAACCCUGCCAGGCCUCGUCCUGUUCCCCCAAGCAGAGUGGAGUCCAGUGUGCUGAAGUACUCCCCCAAUCAGUACAGUUCACUUCUACAGCCCAGGUCCAUUCAGCUGGACACAGAGGUGACCAGCCCAACGCAGUCCACCCCCACCUGUGUCACUCUGGUCCAGUCUGGCCCGGCUCAGUCCUACUCAGUACAGACCUCCCUGGAGCUCUCCCAUCCCGAAGGGCCCCCUCCAGUCCACUCAUAUCCAAGGGCGAGAACCCAUCCGAAUAAAGUUUACACUCCUUACAUGAGGCUCAUGGAGAUAACAGCAAACAUUAAAAUAGAGUGAAGUCAUGGAGGUCUGACUGUGAACAUGAGCGGUAGACUGAGCCUCAGAUUUUGCUCAGAACAUGCAUCGUGUUGCAAUAGACUCUUGACGUUGUGCGGAAAUUUCCAGUGUUACCUACAUCUGUUUGCCUCAGUGGCACCAGACACAUCAACUUUAAAUUUCCCAGUGUGAAGAAAGGAUGGAAUUUGAUAAUAGAUUUGUGAGGCUUGCUUCACACUACAUAUAAACGUAGUGGCAACAGUAUGAUUAUGUACACCUGUAAAUAAUUAUGAAUGUACUAUACUGUAUGUAAAUUAUGUUCACAUUUUGAUGAAUUUUAUGUUGACUUUGUUUACAAAACGUAGUGAUAAGUUUUCAUACUGUUAUAUACUUUUAAACUCAUAAUAUUUUUAAAAUGUUAUAUUUGUAAUUUAAAUGGAUUAUAAUUUUUCCCUGAAGGGUAUAUUUCUUUUACGAUUUUAUUUUUCCAUUUACUCUGGAUAAAUGUGCUUACACAAGUUAAAUAUUAUUUUACCAAUUAUUUACAUGAUCUAGUCCUAUAUUUUUAUGUCUUUUAUUUAUACAGUUUCCUAAUUUACUGAUACCCAUAGCAAAACAGUGGAGCAGCAUAUGCUAUGCUUGCUGCUCGAGGUGUGCAGUGCAUUAGUGCAUUGAAAAUUGGUAAUAAUUAUGUAAAAAUGACUGUCACCUCAGACUCAAGGGCACCAGUACAUAUCAUGUUAUGACACUGCCAGACCUGUGCGUGUGUGAAAAUAUUUAUAUUAACUCCAGAUAUUUCGAAAGUAACCAUGAGUUUGGCUCCAUUAAGUGCCUAGUAUACUGAGUACUGAGAUCUGUGCUUUGCAAUGUAAAGGCCAAUUCAAUUUAUGGUGGCAAAAAUAAAUAUACUGUGAUCAACCAUUAAA